GAGCAUGCAGGAAUCCACACCUCCGCUCAGUUCACCCUCUUGGGCCUGUGGGAGGACUCUCUCCUUCGUUGCUCAGUCUCUUGGAUUAGCACAUCCGUUGUCCCCAAGAAGCCAGAGGUGGAGGGGGACUGUGAAUCCUCUUAUGAAAAAGGCCAAUGUGAAUGUCCCGGGCUGUGUCUGAGCCUGAGGAUCAGCACCCAGAAGCAGACUCUCUCGAAACCUGUCAUCUGGGCCAAACCCCACUUCAUGAUUCCAAAGGGAGAGCCAGCCACCAUCUGGUGCCGGGGAACUCACCAGGCUGUCGAGUACCAACUGUAUUUUGAAGGAAGCUUGUCUGCCUUGGAGACACAAAAAUCACGCAGACCGAUGAACAAAGUCAAGUUCCACAUCCCAACCAUGACCUCCCGCAUGGCAGGGCGGUAUAGCUGUUUGUAUCGAAGUGGGGAGCUCUGGUCAGAGCCCAGUGACCUCCUGGAUCUGGUGGUGACAGGAAUGUAUGAUACACCCACCCUCUCGGUUCAUCCCGGGCCUGAGGUAACCUCCGGAGAGAACGUAACCUUCUACUGCCGUCUGGAGAUGGCCACAAGUAUGUUCUUUCUGCUCAAGGAAGGAAGAUCCAGUCACAUACAGUACGGAUAUGGGAAUGUCCAGGCGGAGUUCCACGUGGGCCCUGUGACCAUGGCCCACAAAGGGACAUACAGAUGUUUCGGCUCUUAUAACAACCAUGCCUGGUCUUUCCCCAGUGAGCCUGUGAAGCUCCUGGUCACAGGGGAUGCUGGGAACACAGACUUUGCCCCUACAGACCCCACCUCUUCUCCUGACUACUGGGACCCCUCCCUUGUAACCACAGAGACGGGAUUCCAGAAAGACCUUGCCUUCUGGGAUCACACUACCCAUAAUCUCCUUCGGAUUGGCCUGGCUUUCCUGGUCCUGGUGGCUCUUGUGGGGCUGCUAGCUGAAGAUUGGCUCAGCAUGAGAAGGACUCGAAGGAGAGCUGACAGAGCCUCCAGACAGGAAUGCAGGAGAAG